UUUCUGCACCUCUGUUUUGGUUUGCUAAAUUUCACCAUGUCUUUCCGCAAGAAAAAGGGAGUUCCGGCAAUCCAAAAUUUCUGUCCUUUACCUGUGAAAGCCAUUGCAAACUCCUAUGAUCACACAGGAAUCCUCAAAGGCUUUGUUGUGUUGGUAGAAAAUGAGGAUUCUGUGAAAAUCCUCCAAGAAAACGGGUGUUUUGGCCAAAGAAUCCCAGGAAGAAGCGACGGAUUGUAUCUUUUGAAAGAAGAAGCCUUCUUUCUGCAUAAUUGUCUCAAAUGCUUGAAAAUUGUGACUGAAAAUCAAGAGAUUCUCAGCACAGAAAGCAUCUUUGACCACUUUUGUCGUUCCAGGAAGAACUUUGUGACAUCUUUUAUAGCCUAUCAGUAUCUUAAAAGCAAGAAAUGGGUCAUCAAAUCUGGACUGAAAUUUGGUGGAGAUUUUCUGUUGUACAGAGAGGGUCCGGAAAUCUACCAUUCAAGCUACGUUGUGUUUCUCCAAGACGAAGGAACGGUGCUGAAAGGCAUAAAUUUGCAGAGUUUAUACAGAACCACAGAAGCCAGUGGUAAGGAUCUCUUGAUUCUCCAUGUGAAUCAAUCUAAGGACUUCCAAUACUGCCAUCAAGACCCUCAAUGUUUAGCAGAUAAGUUUAAUAAUUUUACAGUCAGUGAAGUUAAUCCCAGGCGAUUUUCUUUUCAUCCAACAUGAAUAGACUGAUUAUUACACUAAA